GAAAAAUUCCGAUACGCGACGAAGGUUCUGUUUUGCUGUUUACUUUCAAAAAUAUUCUCAAGUUGAUCUAGUUUUGGAAUAGAGAAUUUUCUUGAAGUAUUCUUCACUUUUGCAAGGGAUUUUACUAAGUUAAACUAAUCAAAUGAUUGUCUGAAAAGCCAUUUAUCAACUGCAGGUUCACCUCACCGCCUUCAAAAUGCCGUCUAUGGAAGAUACAAUCUUCCAAUUGAAGUUCACAACAAAACAACUUGAACGUUUUGCAAAGAAAUCUGAGAAGGAUCAGAAAGUUCAACAGGGAAAGAUCAAGAAAGCGCUUCAACAAAAAAAUGUUGAAGGAGCCAGGAUUUAUGCAGAGAAUGCAAUCAGAAAGAAAAACGAAUCUCUUAAUUACCUUCGACUUGCUUCACGAGUUGAUGCAGUCGCAUCCAAAGUUCAAUCAGCGAUGCAAAUGAAGCAGGUGACAAAGAAUAUGGCUGGAGUUGUGAAAGGUUUAGAUAAAGCUGUACAGUCUAUGGAACUACAAAAGAUUACAGCAACAAUGGAGAAGUUUGAAUCACUUUUUGAAGACCUUGAUGUUCACUCACAGGUUCUUGACACAGCGAUGGGUGAUGCAACAACCAUCUCCACACCAACAAACCAGGUUGAUGCUUUAAUUAAUCAAGUUGCUGAAGAGAAUGGUUUGGAAAUGCUGGAACAAAUGGAAGCAGCGAAACCUGGAACAUCCUCUUUGAGAGACACAGCCUCAGGGGAACGAACACAGGCACAAGAAGAUCAACUUUCGAAAAGAUUGGCAGCAUUAAGAAGUUGAUAGAGGGAUGCAAGUAAAAUCAAUGAAAGCAAUCUCUUUUAUCCAUUUCUACUUAAAAAGUACAACUCU